UCGGCUAAAGUCUCUUUUUUCAGCAUCUUUUUGUUCGGGUAAACAAAUUGGUGGUCACUGUUCUUCUUCCUCGUCUCCGGAUCGAAGGUGGAAAUUACAGAUCCGUGCCUACCUACUUGCUCCGAUCCGUCGCGCGCAGUUCUAUUCGGUUCCGCAACACCAUGGAUAUGGUGGUGGACGAGGAGAGACACGCCGCCACCGCGGGCGUGGAUUUCGUGGAGCGGCUGGGGCCGGACGCCUCCGCCACCGUCUUCGCGGCGCUCCGCGACCCCGCCGACCUCGCCCACGCCGCCGCCGUCUCCCGCUCGUGGCGCACUCUCGUCAUGGCGGUUCACUUGAGCAAGAUCCUGUGCCUGCGACUGUUUCCCGAGGUCUCCAUCUUCACCCGUAUUGAACAAUCAGCCACAUCUGCCAGUAGCAGCAGCAAUGGCGUAAACGAAGAAGAUGCUGGAUCGACUGCUACUGCUACUGCUACUGCUUGGGAGAACCACAAGAGAGAGCAAAGGGUGUACAUGCGUCUCGUACAUGCUCUUCUGUCCCCUCUUUUGUCCCCUCACACUUGGCAGGGCUGCAUUGCCGCCUGCAUAGGCGCAUCCAGCACCGACAAUUUCCCGGAAGAGGGCAUCCAGAAUACCCUUGUGCCGGGGGAUAUGGACAUGGACGAUAUGGAAUCUUACUGGUCCAGUGGUGGCCAAGAGGACCCUGGGGUCCCGGAGUUUCUUAUGUACAAGCUUUGCUCAGAUCUUUGCUUAAUCGAUGAAAUCAGGAUACAGCCAUUUAGAGCAUAUGAACAGCCUGACCACCCGAUAUAUUCCGCACGGUAUGUUCGUGUCAAGUUUGGCUGUCCAAAGUCGCCUCUACGACUUGAGGAUCUUGUAUCUGAAGACAAUGAAGGGCAGUUGACUGCUGACGACAACUAUAUGUGGUCGUAUACAUCCUCAGAAUUCCCAAUGUUACAGGAGAAUGUUUUGCAAUCUUUCAAGUUUCCACGCCCAGUUUUAUGCAUUGGUGGAGUGGUGAAGGUUGAGUUUCUUGGGAGGAUUCAGAAACAGGUGUAUGAUGAUCUGUACUACAUAUGGUUGGUGCCCUUUUGUGCAGUAUGGCCCAUGUCCAAGUGUUGGGAACUCCGCUGCCGCAAGAACUGGGGGCAGCUCCUUGCGAGGAUGGUAUAGUCCUCAAGUACUUUCCAGAGCAUGAACCAUCGCGAGACAGUGGUUGCAGCCGACCCAAAUGGCAUGACAUUGAAACGAGAAUAUGGAGGGCACUUAAAGCUACUGGUCAAGGAAUUGGAUUCAACCAAGAGUUGCUGAGCAGGCUGCUAGGACCUUCCUUGUCAUUUGCGGUGGAUGAUUUGUCCAUGGUGAAAACCGGAGGAGGUCGCUCGCCCCUUGCCUCCAGCGGGCUCUCUGGCAUAGUUGGAGAUUGAAGACGCACCCAUGAAUUGAAACUGAUAUAAUUGAAACUUGAGACCUGUGUUGUUUGUUUGUUGGGACUAUUGUGCAAUGCAGUACGUCACCUUGGUGUUUUUUCUUUUCUUUUUUUUUAAAUCAGUGUACCCUGUUGUUAUCCACUGUAAGUACAGGUGAAAGAAUGCUGUUAAAAUGUGGGAGGGCUGCCACAAUGGGCCUUUCUACAUGGGCCAGCUCAAAUAUGGAACGAAUGUUGGGCCUUCCUA